CAGUCUCAUCUAGCGCACCGACAUAUUCGCCGCGUUCGGAUUUCGAAUUGUUUGUUUUUAAAUAAACCAAUUGUUUUCGCGAUGCCGCUGCCAUAUGACACGAUUUCCACGACUUCGCAGUCGCGAACGGAUUCCUUGUUUACAAAAUGCUGCUGCUGCAUUCCUUUGAGGCUCGGCUGUUUCAUCCUCGGAUAUUUAAACCUGGUAUUCAAUACCUACCACACGCUCGCCCUGCUAACUCUGACCACCUACAUCGGUAUUACGACCCACGGCUUCGACCACUUCGACUCCGACCAGCCCCGCGUGGUCUCAGACCAGGUCCCAGACAUCGAAUCUGUUGAGAGACCCUUCCUCAACCAAGUGGGGAUCCUGCUCAUGGUGGUGCUCUGCGCUAAUAUUGCUUGGCUGAUGAUCAAUGUGGCGUGUCUUGUCGGACUGCAUAAGAAAAGUCUCGGCCCGAUCUGUGUCUACAUCGGUUUCGUCACCGUACGACUACUACUGUCUCUUGCUGGUUUUGUCUACCUUGUGAUGUCUUGCAAUGCUGGCACUCAGACCAUCAUCAUCCACAGCUUGGACCUCGGUCUCGCAGCCUACUUCAUCCUGGUGUACUACAUCUACGCGGUCCACCUCGACCGUGAACUGGAGCAGGCGCGCCCCGAGCCUACUAACGACAUCUCCUUCGUUUAUCCUGUCAAAAUCGAUAAGGAGAAGCUCGUUCUGUAGACAGUUUCAUAUUUCCAGCGCCGCACCACACUUAU